AGUAAAAGAGAAUUGAAGUUCUCAAAGAUUUUGAAAAUUACCAAAAGAGAAAAAAUUUAAGAUAGACAUGCUCAUUGUACUUGAAGUGUGCAUAUAAUCACAUUAAAAUGGCAUCAUUUUAUGAAACUGAGCAUCAAAUGCAUAAAUCCUUAACAAUCAGGAAAAAUGACAUUUCCUUUCAUUUGAAGUACUUUGUAAAGAUAUUUGAAUCUGAUUAUUUUAGUCAUAUUUUUUCAUUGGACCACACUUAGCUGAGUUUCCAUGAAGAUCGAGAAAAAGGCAAAAAAAAAAAAGUCACAUCCAGGGAAGUAUGCAGUUAUGGAAAGAACAGAGGGUAAUUCCUUAUUCAUUUUUGAGCCAAUGUAUUAUAUGACCCAAGACUAAAGUUGGAAGGGCUCUAUGCUAAGGACCAUUUAGACCUGGAAGAUAGAAGAACAGGCAUUAUUAUAGUAACUUAGUUCAUAAAUAUAUUGUUAAAUUCUGUUUACCUUCUCAAGAAUGUAUAAAUCCAAAGCCAAACAGUGGGAAUCUGGACUAAAAGUUGAAAAACAGUUACACCUUAUUCUUGAUUCAAAGUUGAUUUUCUUUCUGGGCCUUCAGAAAUAUUUUAACUUUCUGUUCGAAGACAACUUUCAAAGACUUCUUUAUCUGAAUAUCUCAUUACAUGUAGGAUGGAGAAGGCAUCACAUGUGUAGUUCUGCUACUUUCUGGAAUUCUACAAACUGCAUGUUUGGCCCAAGAUAAAGGAGAUGAUUUUAUGUUUUAAUAAUAGUGAAUUACUAUUUUUUCUUCUAAGAGAGCUGAUAUAUCCAUCAAUGUAAAUUAUUUACGAAUUUUUCAAUGCUGCUCCAGUUUUCAAAAAAGUAAGAGAAAUUAAGUAAAAAUUUGAGCCCUUCUCUCCAGAAUACACUCUAUGACCUUACUGGAUUCUAAGCAGCUUGAAAGUAGAGUUGGUUUCUGUUUUAUUCACAGUCACAUUUCUAACAGAAAGCAAGUGUUUCAGACAGUUGAUGUUCAACUUAUAUCUGCUGAAUAAUUGAAACAUCUCUGAGAAAUCAAUGAAUUUUCUAAGGACUUGUUUAUCUGAAACUAAUCUACAUUGAAUUUCAAAAGAACUAUUUGUGUUUAGAAAGACUGAGGUACAAGAAUAUAAUUCCAGCUUCCAUAGAACCAAUUUAUUAUUUGAUGGUUGGUCUCUCUGCUUGUUCAGAUUUCUGGAGACUAGGAGAACUGUAAAAUGAUGUAUGAAUCUCCAAUUUAGUUCCAAAUAUUGAGCUCAUUCAUAUCUUUGAUUUUGGAGACAAAGAAUAAAUUAAAUUCAGUAUUUUUGUUAAUAGAAUUAACUUUCUGUAAUCUAUAUUUAAGUUCUAUGGCCUCUACUUGGUGCUUUCAUUCAACUUUGGUUAGUCUUUAUGGUAUCCAAAUUAAGUGAAUUUUGCACAUCCAAAAGACUUUUAAAAACUCUCUGUAGCCAGUUUUUUUAAAGCAUAAUUCUAGAUCAUAUGUACUCUCCUUUUUAUUCCUACAAACACAUCAGUUUAGAAAUAAUUUUAAGUAUUUCCUAGAUUUUCAUUCUGGAUUUUAAAUUUUAAUAUGGGAUUGCUAUAAGACUAAGCUAUAUUCAAAUAUCAAUCAUUAAAACUAUGCAUUAACUCACCAUACUUUUCAAAAAUCUACAGCCCUCAUGUACUGCUUCCUUUCAUAUUAGGACUUUUAAAAAUGUUGUUUACCUGUAUAUCCUGCCACUAUAUUAUUAGGUUAUCUUUGGCUUCUCAGAGUAAAUUGUUAGAGCUUUUCAAAUCCAAAACCCUAUUAGUUGCAAUUUAGAGUUAAUUUUCUGUCAAGUACACAUUUGUUUAAUCAGUUUUAUUUAAAUAGAUUGAAACAUUUAAACUCAUUUUCCUUUUAUUCUUUGGGUUUUCAACACUUUUGAUGAACAGUAUGGUAUCACUGUACUCAUUUUUUUUAAUCAGUAAAUAAACUUCUUCACUUUGAUUUAGAUUUUUCUUUAUUCCUGAUAUUCUGACAUUUUCUAGGCUACAACCUGAGAUUGACUUAGUAUGCUUUUCUCAGUAACUAUAGUUUUUUUUUCAUGAUUUCUAUUUGUCAGAUUUUUACAACUUGUUCUACAAUUGCUAUUUCCUUCUUUGUUUGAAUAAAUUAUUGUAAGUUCUUUCCAUAUUGUUCUGAAUCACUUUUUCUUAUAGCAGAGGAAUAGCUCUGUUAUUUGUUGGGUCUAUUUUUCCUGGUAGUCUUUCUCAUAUGUGAUUUUUUUUAUUAAUGGCGUUAUCUCUUCUUGGUGGUUUCGUUCCCACUAGUACUGCUUUUGAUAAUCUUGGGGUAGGGAGGAAGAAAGGUCUCAUGAUGAUUUUAGCUCCAACCUCUGCAAAUCCAAACCUUAAAUAAGAAUUUUAACCCCACUUUGCCACAUGUGGGUAGUAGUUCUGGAAAAACCUCUAAAGAUUUGUUGGAGCUGGGUCCCAGGCUCCCUCAGGUAGAACUGCUCCGCAUUCGCUCUAUAAAGCAAGCAUCUCAGGGAGGUUCUUUCUUCUGGGCUGUCAUGGUGUCUGCCAAGGCUGUGGGUAUGGAAUCUAAUGGGUAACUUUUUACUUUGCAAUCUUCAGACAAAAUAAAUUGGUUUUGAAAAAAAUGUAAUAGCAGCUAAAGUAAUUCAUGCAUGGGGGAUAUGUGGAAAACUCAGUCUUGAUUCAGGUUAUAAAUACACAUUAUGAUGCUCAUAAAUAGAAUAGUAUAAUCCAGGAUUUCUCUGAAGUGGUGGUUCCUAUUUUUUAUAUAUAUAAAAUAGCUUGGGACUCUGGUGAUGGAAAAUUGACUUGGACCUUCCAAUACAUCAUCUAUUUAGGAAACAAUCUAUCAAAAAUACCAUCUGGUAACAGAGGUCAGAGUGAAUACCAUUUUUUCCAUAAGGGCAGGGUCUUACAUGCAGAAAUAGAGCAUAACAUAACUACUGUUGUCCAGGAGUGUCAAAAAUUUGCUAACGCAGACCUCAUGUACCUUUUUAGUUCACAAAAAUGUCCUACCCUUCCUGCUGGUAAAACUGGAGACUAUCUAAGGACUAACACCUAAGUCAUUUUUGCUCUGUUCCCCCAGGUUGUUAUCUCAAACCUCUUUUUAUGUAUCAAUAUAAGCAAUGGAACUGUAUGUUUUGGUGUCUCUGGUUUUUAAAACUCUUGAUGAGUUUGUGUUCACAAUGUUCUGGGUUCUCUAGAAUUGAGCAACAAGGCUGUUGUAUGCAGUGAUCCUGAAUGACAUGCACAGCUAGCUCUGUGACAGAGAAAAGUCACAGCAAAGCAGUUCUGCAUUGUGCACAGAGCUGGCCAAGGAGAACAGGGUCGUAACCUGGAUGACAACUUGGGCUGGAAUGUGUGAUUAUUUUAUUAAUGAUCAGAGGCCUCAAAGUAUUGGCUGUUUAGCACUGGCACAAAUAGCUGGAAAAUAUGACAUAUGAAGCACAUCCCAGCACAGCAUUGUGCUAUUAUUAAGGAGUAACUAGAAGCCACCUCUGUCUUCCAGGAUUACCCUGCUCCAGAUGAAGGACUUCUCACUGCCUUCCCUGCUCUCAUGCAUAGGAUACUCAAGCCAACAGGUUCCCCAUCCUUAGGAUCAUUUACUUGAUUCAGUCUUCUCUCUUGUUCAAUUUUUUCUGCUUCUGAGAUGUAGAUGAUGAACAAGGAAACUUUAAUGGACUUCUGCUCAUAAGAAGGUCCCUUUCUAAAAAUUUGGCAUAUCAAUGCUACUGGAAUUGGUUUCAGAGCUGUCACUGUCAGAGGUUUAUCACAGGGAUGUCAGGAACAAAUGUGUUCAAGUCUACAAAGUUAAACGUCUUCAGCAUCAACUGUUGACGAGGAAAGACUUCAAGGAGAAAGUUAACUUCUAAGACAAUUUCAUGGUUAUAAAAAAUUAAAAACCAUAUUCUCUAGUGUCAUUUUGGUUUUUUCUUAUAUUGCUUUAUCUCUGGGGAAAUGGAUGUCUUCAUCUUGAAUGUCUCAUCCUAUUCAAUUUAGAGUAAACAGCUGGCUGGGUUGAUGUUUUGUUGCUCAAGUUUGUUAUGACAAAGUGUAUUCCAUCAUAUUUUACUGUAAUUUUUUAAAAAAAUAUAUUCUGGCCAUCAGUGACAAUAGUAGAGAGAGGACCUCUGAAAAACUCUUCUCCAUAGAAGCAAUUAGGAAAGAGGUCAGAAUCAACUUUUUCUUUUUCUCUCUCUUUUUUUUUAAAGAUGUAUUUGUUUAUUUGGAAGGCAGAGACAAAAAGAGAGAGAUCUUCCAUCUGCUGGUUGACUCCCCAGAUGGACUCAAUCCCAGAGCUGGGCCAAUCCAAAGCCAAGAGCUUCUUCGGGUCUCCCACGAGGGCACAGAGGCCCAAGGACUUGGGCCAUCCUCCACUGCUUUCCCAGGCCUCAGCAAAGAGCUGCAUCAGAAGUGGAGCAGCUGGGACUCGAACUGACACCCCUAUGGGAUACCAGUGCUGCAAGUGGCAGCUUUACCCACUGCGCCACCGCACUGGCCCCCUCAAAUUUUUUAAAAGGAAUUUAACCAAAGGUUUGCAGCAAUAUUGGGAGAAUUUAUUGAAGAAAAAUAGGCUUAACUCUUGGCUUAAAAAAAAAAAACAGUGAUUUUCUGGUGCUUUAACUUGCCCUAUUCCCAUCUGCAUUUCUCUAACUUCCCAGUGAGCCUUAAAACCUAACAGCUUACAGUCACAGGGGAAACGGUCAGUUUAGCAGCCGCAAAAAAAGAGAACAAACUUGGAGCUCCUUCAAGCUCACAGAGAACUGUCAUUGUGUGGUCAGUUUGCUGGCUUCCUGGAGGUCUCCACUUGCAAGGCUGUCUUUAUCUGACCCAAACCAGAGCUUACCUAGUGAAGAAAAUAAUUUUCUUUGAGGGCAUCUGUUGAAACCAUUUAGAGGCAUUUAUUUAAUUUUACAGCUCCCAGGGUGUCACACAAAAUUUGGUAAAACAAUAGGCUGAUGGAGUAACAAAUGAAAAAUCUGAGGAGACAUCCGUAAAGGCUUUGAAAAGUUCUUAUAUAUUCCUCAGAAUUCAGAAGGCCACAGGCAUGUGUAGGCUUUUCAUGUGCUCAGGGCUGUAUGCAUGUUAAGGAAAGACCUGAGGGGCAUCAAAGCUCCCACUUCUAGAUGGGCUUUGGUCUCUCUGUGCAAGUAGGAAGGGAAGGCCAAGGUGGAGUUGUCAGUUGUCCCGCUGAAUGUAGAAGGAACAGCCCAACGUGAACCUCGAGUCCCUUAGCAAAGACUAGAAGACCAUUGGCUCCCUGAAUGUAGGUGUGUCUUUGUCCAACCCUUAAGUAAACUGAGCAGAGAAUUUUGUGAGCACAUAUCAAAGAACACAGAAUUGACAGAAGCCAUGCAGAAUACAAGUCCAGUCACCCUGUGAGCUUCAUAUCCAUAAAGCCCUUUUCAUUUUCUCUCCGGCUCUCAGAAACUGUGGUUCUAAUAUUUGCCUGACUUCUAUACUUAAUGUGGGUUCACACUGUACACGACUCAAUACAAACCAAGAUAUCUCUUAUUCAACUGCAUUGUUAUUUGCACACUACUGUGGAAAAAUAGAACCUAGUCCUUUAGACCAUGUGGCAUAGUACAUCAUAAACUUUUGCAUCAUCCUAAAGUCUCCACAUUCUUGGAAACAAACACAUAUAGCUAAUAUGAAUCAAACUGAAUUUUUAGAAGAACUACUUCCCCUCAUUAGUUUAUGCAAAGGUAAGUGGAGUUCUUUGAAGUUCCACUGGUAAAGGUGUGGGGCGACUGCCUGUGGUACAACAACGUUAUCAAUUAUACAACUGAAAGAAAUAACACAGUUAGAGAAGAGUCUACACUUAAAAAUUGGCUUUCCUUUGGAAACCUCAAAAAAAGCUUUGACUUGCAUAUAUGAAUUUCUCAGUCAAGACGCUGGGUGGCGCUGCAGGCUAAGAUUGUAAAUGCACAAAGAAUCCUAAAAAGCUUGCGUAUUCUUUUGUGUUGCAAAACGUAAUAAAACACACACAUAGGACGCUUUGCAAAGCAGUACGGGAUGACCACCGGGUUUGGGCAAAUACAUACUAAAGGAAUUUAAGCUUGGGAGCUACUGUGGCGCUUUCUUCCAAGCAAGAAAUCAGAACUGAAUGUCUCCGGUCCUUACUGUGACUGCGGAAGGAAUUAAGCACCCGGACUCCAACAUGGAGCAGCCACAGAAAACUCAUCCACACAGGCAAGUGGUGGCCUUUAUUUUCAUGGUGUUCUUGUCUCGGGUUCGUGCCGAGCCGAUUCGUUACUCUGUGCGGGAGGAGACCGAGGGCGGCUCCUCCGUAGCCCGUCUGCAGGAGGACCUGGGCCUGGGGGCAGGGGAACUGGCGGCCCGGUCGGCACGGGUGGUGUCUGACGAUGACCAGCAGCCUCUGCUGCUGGAUCCUCAGACCGGAGAUUUGCUUCUGAGGGAGAAACUGGACCGGGAGGAGCUGUGUGGCCCUGCGGAGCCGUGUGUGCUGCAUUUCCAAGUGUUCCUGGAAAUGCCGGUGCAGUUUUUUCACGGAGAAUUAUGGAUCCAGGACAUCAAUGACCAUUCCCCGGUAUUCCCUGAUAAGGAAGUGCUCUUGAAAAUACCCGAAAACAGCCCGCCAGGGACUCUCUUUCCUUUGAAAUUAGCCCAGGAUUUGGACGUGGGCAGCAACGGGCUUCAAAAAUACACCAUCAGCCCCAAUUCUCAUUUUCACGUUGUCACUAGAAAUCAGAGUGAGGGCAAGAAGUAUCCGGAUUUGGUACAGGACAAAGAACUGGACCGGGAGGCGCAGGCUGAGUUCAGCUUAACCCUCACCGCACUGGAUGGCGGCGCUCCUCCCAGGUCUGGCACAGUCCUGGUUCGAAUCCUGGUCAUGGACGUCAACGACAAUGCUCCGGAGUUUGUGCACACCCCGUAUGAGGUGCAGGUCCCGGAAAACAGCCCCCUAGACGCCCCUAUUCUUAAGGUCUCAGCCAGGGACUCAGAUGCUGGAAACUUCGGGAGUGUUUCCUAUGCCUUGUUUCAACCCUCAGACGAAAUUCAACAAACAUUCUCUGUAAAUGAAGUCACAGGAGAAAUACGCCUGAAAAAAAAACUGGAUUAUGAAAAAAUAAAAUCUUACAGGGUGGAAAUCGAAGCCACCGACGGAGGAGGCCUUUCUGGGAAAGGCACUGCGGUCGUAGACGUGGCAGACGUGAACGACAACGCCCCGGAAUUGACCCUGUCCUCACUCACCAGCCCCAUCCCGGAAAACGCUCCCGAGACGGUGGUCGCCAUCUUCCGAAUUCGAGAUAGAGAUUCCGGGGACAACAGGAAGAUGGUUUGCUCUAUUCCAGAUAACCUGCCAUUCCUGUUAAAGCCGACUUUCAAGAACUUCUACACCCUGGUAACCGAUGGAGCGCUGGACAGGGAGGCCAGGGCCGAGUACAACAUCACCAUCACCGUGUCCGACCUGGGCACGCCCAGGCUGACCACCCGGCACCACGUCGAGGUGCAGGUGUCCGACGUGAACGACAACGCCCCGGCCUUCAGCCAGGCCGCCUACACCCUGCUGGUGCGCGAGAACAACAGCCCCGGGCUGCUCAUCGGCUCCGUGAGCGCCAGCGACAGGGACGCGGGCGCCAACGCGCAGGUGACCUACUCGCUGCUGCCGCCGCCACAGCAGCCCGACGUGGCGGCGCUCGUGUCGGUGCACGCGGACAGCGGGCAGCUGUACGCGCUGCGCGCGCUGGACUACGAGGCCCUGCGCGCCUUCGAGUUCGGCGUGCGCGCCGCCGACCGCGGCUCCCCGGCGCUGAGCAGCGAGGCGCGCGUGCGCGUGCAGCUGCUGGACGCCAACGACCACGCGCCGGCCGUGCUGUACCCGCCGGCCAACGGCUCGGCCGCCUGCCCCGAGCUGGUGCCGCGCGCGGCCGACGCGGGCUACCUGGUGACCAAGGUGGUGGCGGUGGACGGCGACGCGGGCCAGAACGCCUGGCUGUCGUUCGAGCUGCUCAAGGCCACGGAGCCCGGGCUGUUCGGCGUGUGGGCGCACAGCGGCGAGGUGCGCACGGCGCGGCCGCUGAGCGAGCGCGACGCGCCCAGGCAGCGGCUGCUGGUGCUGGUGCGCGACCACGGCGAGCCGCCGCUGUCGGCCAGCGUCACGCUGCACGUGCUGCUGGUGGACGGCUUCUCGCAGCCCUACCUGGCGCUGCCCGAGGCGGCGGCGGCGGCCGAGGCGGCGCGGCCCGACUCGCUCACGGUGCAGCUGGUGGUGGAGAUGGCGGCGGUGUCGUCGAUGUUGGUGCUGAGUGUGCUGGCGCUGGUGGCAGCGCGGCUGUGCGGAGCGAGCGCGGGCGGGGGCGGGGGCGGUGUCGGUGUUGGGGCGGGGUGUGCGGUUGGCGGCGGCGGCGGCGGCGGCGGCGGCGCGGGUGCGGAGGGCCGCUUCCCGGGGCCGCUGCUGGACGUGAGCGGCGGCGGGACGCUGUCGCACAGCUACCAGUACGAGGUGCGCCUGAUGGGCGACGCUGGGACCGGGGAGUUCAAGUUCAUGAAGCCCAUUAGCCCCAACCUUCCUUCCCAGGGCACUGGGAAAGAAAUAGAGGAAAACUGUACCUUUCAGAGUAGUUUUGGGUUUAAUUACUGAUAGGAACCCAUUUAAUAGACAUUUCCUUCUUGACACUGCUUUUUUUUUUUUUUUUUUGACAGGCAGAGUGGACAGUGAGAGAGAGAGAGGGAAAGGUCUUCCUUUUGCCGUUGGUUCACCCUCCAAUGGCCACCACGGCUGGCACGCUGCAGCCGGCGCACCGCGCUGAUCCAAAGGCAGGAGCCACAUGCUUCUUCUGGUCUCCCUUGGGGUGCAGGGCCCAAGCACUUGGGCCAUCCUCCACUGCCUUCCCGGGCCACAGCAGAGAGCUGGGCUGGAAGAGGGGCAACCGGGAAAGAAUCUGGCUUCCCAACCAGGACUAGAACUCGGUGUGCUGGUGCCGCUAGGUGGAGGAUUAGCCUAGUGAGCCGAGGCGUCGGCUGACACUGCCUUUUUAUUCCAUCACUUCCAGUUGGGUGCUACUUAAUUUUGUUAGAUGCGUCAUCAGUUUCCUAUUUUGCCUAACUGUGCAAGUUUUCAUUUUCUCAUAUGGACAUUUUCCUAGAAUAUCAGUGAUUGAAAUGGUGAUUAUAUUCAAAAUUCAUAUUAUUUCCAAGACUUUCUUCUGCUUUAUGUAUUUAUUGAUUAUAUAUUCACUCUAUCAUUAACUAAUGUUAGUUUCCCUUUUGUAGGACUUUUUCAAUUAUUAAAAUAUUCUGUUCCAUGUAUAUUUACUAUUUAAUAUUUCUUUUAUUUUCAUUCUAGGCUGACAUUCUUGUUUGCUUUUCCACAAACUGUUACUCAUUUUUAGAAAUUCUGUCUUCCCUGAAUUUAUCUCUUUUUUAAGAAAAAUUUAUUAAUUUGAAAGGCAGAGUUAACAGAGGCAGAAGCAGAGAGAGGGAGAGAGAAAGAGUUAGUUCUUCCAUCUGCUAGUUCACUCUUCAAAUGCUGCAACAGCCAGAGCUUUAAAAAAGCUGAGGUGCUUGUUAAUAUUUUAAUGGCUAACAACCCAAUUCCUUCAAAUCUCAUCAAGUAGGUUUAUGUGGGGUGACUUUUACAUUCAGCAGUGUUUGGGGCAGUGUCUAGCCCUUUGUCUAUUCCACAUCAUUAGGUUUAAUCUGAAACCUUGCUGUAUAUGGGGAAAAUGGAGCUUCUUUCUGGAUACCAGGCUUUUGAAUAAAAUUAUGCAUGAAGCAAGAUGUUA